AUGAAGUUUCUCGCCCAAAUCAUCGCACUCGCUGCUAUGAUACAGCUCCUUUUUGCGAUCAAUUCCAUCCCCGCUGGCGAUCGCGCCCUUCCCGUCCGUCAAGCUCACAAGAACUCCACCGGCGCUACGGGCCGCACGCUCCCAUCCAUGAGCAACGAUGACAAUCCUGCAAUGGGUUACGCGGAAUUCAUAAGUUCCGGUCACGUAUCUGCCUGGCCGAUGCGUCGUGGCCUAUGGAAGAUUGACGAAGGCUACAUCCGAACGAUUCCGUACUGUUUCGUAGACAAGCGCACAUAUGAGAACAUUGGAGACUCUGGGAAAUCCUGCAAGAUAAGGGCUGCCUUCAAUGUGUGGUCGGGGGCUCUCAACGGAAGACCAAGCGCGGCAAGCGGACAUUCUCUUGGAUUUCGCGUGGCGAACGAUCACUUCUGCUGUACCUCCUAUCGAUAUGGGACAGAAAAUCAGCCACAAACCGACAGUGAUUUUCAGUGCGAUUGGGACCAUUCCAGGUGGCCUAGUGAUACACUAGCGAUUCAUUGGAUUGACGAUGUCAAGGCAUCUGGUUCAGCUGGCUCAUCUACCACAGGUUAUGUCAGGGCCGCCGACAAGGAAAAACCAAACCGCCACUGGAUGAGAGUUGCCUCUGGAGCUACGCCUGACGAUAUCGCCCAUGAGUUCGGGCACGGUAUGAUACACGAGCACCAACGUUGGGAUCGUGACGACCACGUUGAGUUCCGCUGUGAUAACCUAGUCGGAAUGUGGGAUAAAAUCAAUACUGCGCAUGUAGCAGAAAAGAUAUCUCCCGCCCAGGCUCAUAGGGCCUUAUGCGAGGAUCUUGCCAUGGCUCAUAAAUAUCACGCCCCAAGCCAAGAUUACAUCAAGGGUGCCGGGCUUAACGUCAACUCGCAACCUCGGCUAGACGGACCGGGAGGUUUUGACAUGGAUUCGAUCAUGCUUUACGACUCGUACUCCUCUUCAGAAGCAGGUGAUCAGGCUGAUAUCAGAACCGCUGUACUUGUCGCAAUCCGAAGAGACGCGAACGGUCAGAAGAUUCCCGGAAGCGAGACCAUGAUUCCUCAUAGAACAAGACCGUCUGCUAAGGACGUUCAAUUCGUCAAGGAUUUCUAUGCCUGGGAUGAGGCAAAGUACCAAGAGUCCCAGAAAAAGGACCCAGGGGCUACAUAG